CUGUAGGGGGCGAUGUCGCUCAGACGUCAACGCUUCCCACACUCUCGUGUCAUCACGUAUUGUCUCGCGGUGUUUACGCCGACAUUUCGUGCAGCAGCAGCCUACGGAGCAGAGAGGAGAGAAGAACAUAGCUCUGUUCAUGAGUUAAACCUCAGUGUGUUUGUUGACAAAUUUCUCGGUUGUAGGGCUGUUGUUUAGCAGUCAGUAUGGCGGUAGUCAUCAGGCUGCAGGGUCUGCCCAUAGUGGCCGGCACCAUGGACAUCAGACACUUCUUCUCUGGCCUAACCAUCCCUGACGGGGGAGUACACAUCGUGGGGGGUGAGCAUGGUGAAGCCUUCAUUGUCUUCGCCACUGACGAAGACGCUCGGCUGGGGAUGAUGCGUACAGGCGGGGCCAUUAAGGGCUCCAAAGUGUCGCUGUUGCUUAGCAGCAAGACAGAGAUGCAGAACAUGAUUGAACUCAGCCGCCGCAGAUUUGAGGCUGGGGCGGGCGCUGGGGAGACGGCCGCACCUACAGCAGGACAUGCCAACCGACAAGCAGGCACCGCCCCCAUACCCACAGUGCACCCAGGGGCAGGGGGGAGAAGCAGUAGCCAUGGAAACCAAGGUUUUGGUAACAACCCCGCCUCAGUGACGGCAGCAAGCUCAUCUCAUGAGCCACCGAGCAACAAGGCAGUAGUCAAUGUGGUGCCCAGCUUCCCCAACAGCUACAGCUCUGCCCCCACAAUAUCCACAGCUAUGGCAUCGCUCAAUGCAUGCCCCCCACCUAUGCCUCCACUUCCCAGCAUGCCUUCCAUGCCCCCCAUGCCCACGCUGCCCACCAUUCCAGUUCCUCCUCCAGUGUCCUCCCUUCCCCCUAUACCUACUGUUUCCCCCAUGUCUCAAGGACCUCCAGUGCCUCCUAUGUCCCACCUCUCCCACAUGUCCUCCCUGCCUCCCUUCAACCCCUCCCUACCUCCCCCAGGAGGCAUGGGCUCCAGCCUCCCUCUUGGUACACCCAACCCCAUGCUGUUCAACCCUCUCUCCCCUCUGGCCUCUCUGGGCCUCCAGGCCCACAUGAAGGCUGCUGCUGCCGCAGCAGCAGGAGCUGGAAUAGCCCAUCCCGAUGAGUUGUUUAUCCUCCUGCAGAAUCUCCCGUUCUCCUGCUCAGAGAUGGAGGUCAGAGAGUUUUUCCGGGGUCUGGGGGUGGAUGGGGUUCGCCUGCUGAGGGAUGGGCAGGGCCGACCAACUGGCAGGGCUAUGGUCAAGUUCUUCUCGCCCCAGGACAGCUUUGAAGCUGUAAAGCGAGGAGGUGGCAUGAUGGGCCAAAGGUUCAUUGAGAUUACCCCGGGCUCUGAGCGGCAGUGGGCCAGCCUCAAUGACGGCAUGAUAGGCCAUGCUCCUCACAAUAGCGGCAAAUCAAUUAACAGCAAUGAGUUACAGGACCAGCAUCACCGCCGUGGUAAUGCUGGGGCAGGAGGCAGGGAUCAGCGAGGAAGGUCACGAUCUCCGCACCGGCAGGAGUUCUGUGUCUACCUGAAAGGCCUUCCCUACGAGGCCGAUAAAAAACAGAUAAAGGAGUUCUUUAACAAUUUGGCCAUCAUGGAGGACAGCGUCUACAUCGCCUACGGACCCAACGGGAGAGCCACAGGAGAGGGCUUCCUUGAGUUUAAAAUAGAACAGGACUACAAGACUGCUCUGGGUGCUCACAUGCAGUACAUGGGCACCCGCUUUAUCCAAGUUCACCCAAUCAGCCGUAAGGGAAUGCUUGAAAAGAUAGACAGCAUUCGCAAACGUGAAUCAUCACAGGGUGAUGGCAAGAACCAGGAUGGCUUGAAAGUUCCCAGGAACUGUGCCCACAUCACUAACAUCCCUUACAAUGUCUCUAAGAAGGAUGUCCGUGCCUUCCUGGAGGGUGUGGGCCUUUACGAGGACACCCUGAAGGUUCUGACAGAUAGCCAUGGCAACGGUUUAGGGCAAGCCAUCUUCCAGCUGCGCACCGAGGAAGACGCCCGCAAAGCUGAAAGACUGCACCGUCAAAAACUCAACGGCCGCGAUGCCUUUGUCCACCUGGUAACGUUUGAGCAGAUGAAGGAAAUUGAGAGGAAUCCUCCUCCCCAGAAUAAGAGGGGACAACGCAACCAGAACCAGCAGAACCAAAAUCAGAACCAGCACCCGCAAGCCCAGCCCUCUCCGCAGCAACCCCAGAUUAACCCAUUUGCGGGAAUUAGUGGGGAGGAGUUUAACUUUCUCAGAAACACCAUGGGGAACCUAAACAGUGCCCCCUUUGUGACUCCAUUCUCAGCCCCAGGGAACGGGCUGGCAGGCCCUCCUCCUCUCCCUCCUCUGGCAGCAGGGCUGGGUGAUGUGAAUCUAGGUGUGGCUCCUCCUCUUAUUGCUGGUCUUCCUGGAGCUUCGAUACUGGAGCCACCGGGCUUUCGACCUGGAGGUGCAGGAGGAGCUCCGUUCAGCCAGGACGGGCUUAGGGGGUUGGGGCCCUUUGACAAUGUCAACAGAAAAGGAGGUGGAGGAGGUCAGACUAGAGGGGGAGGGGCUAACAACAAUCAAGGACGUCCAGGGGGUGGAGCUACUGGUGGACCGCAGGGUUUCACUCCAGGAGCUGACGGUCUCCGUAACCAGCCGGCUCCUGGAGGAUCUAACAAUCCCAACAGUCAACGCGGUGCUCCCGGCCCAACAAUUGUAAAGCUUCAGAAUAUGCCAUUCACUGUAACCGUGGAUGAGAUCAUGGACUUUUUCUAUGGUUACCAGGUGCUGCAAGGCUCAGUCUGCCUGCAAUUCAGUGAGAAAGGACUGCCAACCGGCGAGGCCAUGGUGGCCUUCCAGAACCACGAGGAGGCCACUGCCGCUGUAAUGGACCUCAAUGACCGACCUAUUGGAGCACGCAAAGUCAAGAUAAGCCUGGGUUAAAGCCCCACCCAAAAGGGACUGACUAUAAUUUAAACAUGAACAUGUUACACCUACCUGGAUCAACCAUCCAGGUGAACAUAAGCCAACUCGAACCAUACCGGAUUCUGUACUCACACUUAACAGCCCAGUUUUGACCUUGCUCUACUGCUGACUGUCAGUCAUUACUGCAGCCCCUCUUCCUUUGUGUAGAUAAUGGCAGGUAAGCCCCGCCCCCUGACUCUGAUCCACACUUUGCUCUUUUCUGCAGCUCCUCCACUGACUGGUAGCACAAACUGAUUAUGAUGAUUAUGUUGAUGUUGGCAAUAUUUUGGGCCUCUCUUUCAAAUGUUUCAAACGUUUCCAAUGCAGUUUUUUGUCACAUCAUGUCCAGAGCUGACACACUGAACAUACUCACCUGUUUUGUUGUUCUGGUAACAUCAUGAUUUAUAAUGAGGUUGACAAACAUUGUUGCUGUAUGCGCUUAACUAUGCGUGCUGCUGUGGUUUAAAAUGUACAUGCUCUGUUGCUAUGGUAAAUCAUGCUGUAGAUGAAAAGCCUUUCUACCACGGUGAAGUGUUGGUUCUGUUUUCACAUCCUCUGUUGCUUUGUUAAAAUUAUGAUAAAAAGCUAUGUUGCCAUGAUGAAAUGUUUAUGCUUUGUUGCUAUGGUAAAAAAUAAUACCGACAUCAAGUUCUGUUGCUACUGGUAAAAUGUUGAAACAAUUCUGAGCUGUGACACUGCUCUGUUGCUAUGUGGAGGAUGUGGGAUGGACAGAUUGCUGACUCAUGUUUUAUUUUGUAAAUAAUGACUUUUGGCCGCUGAAUCUUUUUCCUCAGUCACAUUUUCUGAUGUUGCUGUGUUUGAACAAUGCCCCCUCCCUUUCUGCAGCACAUGCUCAAUAGGUGUUUGGACUGCGCUGAGAUGAAGUCUGUAGCGUUUUUUAGUUUGGUAGCUUUUUGUUCCAUCUAUGUUUGAUAAUGUUUUGGAUGUUUCCACCUUAAAGCUUAAUUUUGUUUCUAUUGUCAGUGUGAACAAACUUGUAUGAUCGUAUAACCAUACAUAUGUGGAGUCUCCUUUGCUUUGGCUAAUAAAAGGACGUCCCUGAUGCUCA